AGGGCAGAUCAAUCCUUUUGGAAUUCCAGUCUCCGUCCAUGCUGGGAAGUUCUACGGCACAUCUCCCAGAGAUCACGUCUGCGGCGGGGUUAAUUAUAGCGGUCUAGAUUUCACCUGCUGUGAAGGAGCACGGCAUAAAGGGGCGGGGCUGUCCUGCUGUGGAAAAAGGGCCUUCAGCCUCACCCAGGCUUCCUGCUGUACCUAUUCACUUGAACCUGGUCAACUGACUCUGAAUGUAAGCCAGCUGGUGUCAGAUUGCUGUGGGUUGAGGGCCUACGACCCACUCAACCAACUGUGUUGUGACUCACGGAUCCUGAACAGGACCCAACCCCAUGCCAAGUGUUGUGGAAAAGAGCCUUACGAUGAAGACCACCAGCUUUGCUGUGGAAAUAUUAUCGAAGGAAGGAAGGUCCUGGCCAAAAUGUCCAGUCACCACUGAUGCUGUGGAGACCACCAGUUUGACCAGCAAAGCCACUGCUGCUGCUCUGAAACACUAUCCCCAGAGCCUCUCAAUGCAAGCUGCUGUGCAUCAUCAAGUUCUAAUCUGAGGGGAAUUGAUGCGAGUUCUCCAAACUGGUAAAGGUUGCCUUCAUCCGUAUAAAGAACCUCACUUUUAUUUAUUCAAUGUUCCAUUCAACCAUUUCAUUAACAGUCAGGGUUUCAAAUAAUAAUUUUGAUGUCUCAGUUGCUAAAAGCCACAUUGGGGGUGGCAUCCGUUUCAAAUUAUGCAAUAUCAUUCAAAGAACUACCACUACAUGUCAAUAGAUUUCAAAUUAACUGAACAAUCUGCAGGUGUCAGGGAUUACUUUAUUUUCCUUGUGGCUUUUGGCCGAGGCCCGAGAUAUUGAAUGGCCUGCCAACAAGCACAAGAAGGGAGUUUAACUGGUAACCUUUUGUCUGUAGAAAAAGAGUGGUGCAAUAAUUAGAAACUUGUUUGGUUUUUCACAACUAUGCUUGUGUUUGUGUACAUAUACGUUUAUUGUUUAUGUAUGUGUAGGUGCAUGUUGUUGUAUUGCAUCUCUCUCGCUCUCUGCAUGCCUCCAGUAUGCCAGGGGAGAGGCCCUGUGGUCGAGGUGCCUGUUUUAACCCAACAACAGAGGGUUGCUGUGAGAACCCUACAUCUCUCCAAGGGAAGCGUUACUUGCGUCACCAGACCUGCUGUGAAGGAAUACUCAGCCGCAACCCAUGUCCCUACAAUGUUGCUAGCUGUGGCUCUCAGGUUUACAAUCCAGAUAUCAACAUCUGCUGUGCCGGGCAGAUUUCUCACAGGGUGCUUGGGAAAAACCUGUGCUGCGGUAAAACUCCCUAUGCUGUAGAGGACCGACGGGUGCUGUGCUGUAACCAGAUGUUGUACCUUGGGGUGGAGGCUGGGCACCAGUGCUCCCCAGGUGGCCACUUGUAUCUGCCAUCCCGUGAAAUUGUGUGUGAGUCACGCGUUCAUCUCAACAAUUCAGGCAAACACUGCUGUGGAGAAGAGACCUACAACCCUCAGGAUGAAAUCUGCUGCAAUGGACACAAACACCGCAGGUUGGGGAACAUGUCCUGCUGCGGAGGGAAGGCCUACGGCCCCAGCAGUGGCCAGAUGAAGUGCUGUGCAGGGACUCUGUACGACAUGCAGGUUCAGGGCAGGCUCACAGAGGAUGCCCAGUGCUGUGGGAAUGUCCUGAUGGAGGCCGGCUCCACUCAGACCUGCUGCUCUGCCCCAGGGCUAGACCUGCUCUACCCUACCCAGUCAGGGUUCACCUGCUGUGGGCACCGCUACCCCAACUCCUCCCUGUGGUCUUGCUGUGCAGGGGUCCUGCACCCCAGGACUGAACGAAACACCACCAGCAUGAACAUGAUUCCAGGACCCAGGCUUCUACCACUGGGGGAUUUGAAGACGGAAGAUCUGUGUUACACCGAAAUUCUGCUAGGAACAGUGGAGAGUGUGUCUAUGAAGAUGAACGAGCGGUCCAUCGUGAUGGUAAACGCCAUGUCUUUGCUGGCCUCUCAUGGCAAUGUCAGCACCCUGCCUUCCCCUCUGUACCACACAUUACCCGACCACUGCAGCUCCCCUGAACUGGUGCCGGGCAACACUUACAUCUGGGUGAAAACAGGAUUCAUCUCUGAUCUCAGUGAUCAUUCCUCCCCUCUCCAUUCCAUCCUUUCCAGGUGCUGAACCUUUAUCUCGCCCAGAGGAAAGAAGCCCAACCCUCUCAACAUAAUGUGAAUUCUGGGUAUUUCCAUAGCCUAUUGCUGAGAAAUCUGGUAUGUUAACUGUUAAGCUUAAAACUAGCAUCUUUAUAGUCUCUAAUGAGCCAAAUCUCUGGAUAAGCCAUAUUGUGUCAGCCUGGGUAGUGGUGGUGUACUGACUAGAUGUUUUGUUGGUUUAAAGAGGCAAUUGGUGCAUCCAUUUCUGGACUUUCACGUUAGUGCAUUCAGAAAGUAUUUAGACCUUGACUUUUUCCACAUUUUGUUAUGUUACAGCCUCAUUUUAAAAUUGAUUGAAUAGUUUCCCCCCCUCAUCAAUCUACAGACAAUACCCCAUAAUGACAAAGCAAAUACAGUUUUUAUUUUGCAAAUGUUCAAAAAAUAUUUAAAAAAUAUCACAUUUACUCAGUACUUUGUUGAAUCACCUUUGGCAGCAAUUACAGCCUAGUGUCCUCUAGGAUAUGACGCUACAAGCUUGGCACACCUCAAAUCAAAUUUAUUUAUAUAGCCCUUCUUACAUCAGUUGAUAUCACAAAGUGCUGUACAGAAACCCAGCCUAAAACCCCAAACAGCAAGCAAUGCAGGUGUAGAAGCAGGGUGGCUAGGAAAAACUCCCUAGAAAGACCAGAACCUAGGAAGAAACCUAGAGAGGAACCAGGCUAUAAGGGGUGGCCAGUCCUCUUCUGGUGAUGGAGAUUAUAACAGAACAUGGCCAAGAUGUUCAAUUGUUCAUAAAUGACCAGCAUGGUCAAAUAAUAAUAACAGUAGUUGUCGAGGGUGCAACAGGUCAGCACUUCAGGAGUAAAUACCCAGACAGGAAGACCUGUAUUUGGGAGUUUCUCCCAUUAUUCUCUGUAGAUCCUGUCAAGUUCUGUCAGGUUGGAUGGGGAACAUCUUCAGCGUUGUUCAAUCAGGUUCAAGUACAGGCUCUGGCUGGACCACUCAAGGGCAUUAAGAGACUUCUCCCGAAGCCACUCCUGCGUUAUCUUGGCUGUGUUGUUAGGGUCAUUGUCGUGUUGGAAGGUGAACCUUCGCCCCGGUCUUAGGUCCUGAGCAGGUUUUCAUCAAGGAUCGCUCUGUACUUUGCUCAAUUCAUCUGUACCUCGAUACUGACUAGUCUCCCAGUCCCUGCUGCUGAAAACCAUCCCCACAGCAUAAUGCUGCCAAAUCAAAGUCCAAUUUUAUUGGUCACAUACACAUAUUUGGCAGAUGGCAUUGUAGGUGUAGAGAUAUGCUUUCCACCACCACCAUGCUUCACUGUAGGGAUGGUGCCAGGUUUCCUCCAGACGUGACGCUUGGCAUUCAGGCUAAAUAGUUCAAUCUUGGUUUCAUCAGACCAGAGAAUCUUGUUUCUCAUGGUCUCAGAGUCCUUUAGAUUCCUUUUGGCAAACUCCAAACGGGCUGUCACGUGCCUUUUACUGAGGAGUGGCUUCCAUCUGGCCACUCAACCAUAAAGGCCUGAUUGGUGGAGUGCUGCAGAGAUGGAUGUCCUUCUGGAAGGUUCUCCCAUCUCCACAGAGGAACUUGGGAGCACUGUCAGAGUGACCAUCGUGUUCUUGGUCACCUCCCUGAUCAAGGCCCUUCUCCCCCGAUUGCUCAGUUUGGCAGGGCAGCCAGCUCUAGGAAGAGUCUUGGUGGUUCCAAACUUCUUCCAUUUAAGAAUGAUGGAGACCAAUGUGUUCUUGGACCUUCAUUGCUGCAGAAACUUUUGGUACCCUUCCACAGAUCUGUGCCUCGACACAAUACUGUCUCGGAGCUCUCUGGACUAUUCCUUCAACCUCAUCAGUUGGUUUUUGCUCUGACAUUCAUUGUCAACUGUGGGACAGGUGUGUGCCUUUCCAAAUCAUGUCCAAUCCAAUCAAGUUGUAGAAACAUCUCAAGGAUGAUCAAUGGAAACAGGAUGCACCUGAGCUCAAUUUCGAGUCUCAUAGCAAAGGUCUUAUUACUUAUGUAAAUAACGUAUUUCUGUUUUUUGUUUUUACUAAAUUUGCAAACAUUUAAAACCUGUUUUUCGCUUUGUCAUUAUGGGGUUUUGUGUGUAGAUUGAGAUUUUUAUUUUAUUUAAUCCAUUUUAGAAUAAGGCUGUAACGUAACAACAUUUGGAAAAAGUCAAGGGGUCUGAAUACUUUCCGAAUGCACUGUAUAUAUAUAUAUAUAUAUAUAUACUGAUUGAUUCUUAAAGAAUAUAAUUUGUCUCAUGGGUUUAGUUCAACAGUGGUUACAUCCAUCCCUCAGCUGUUUACCAAAGACAGUGGCAGGGUGUACCUGCAGAUUUGUUGCCUGAACAUUUGUUUGAACAACAGAGUGCCCCUUUAAUGGUGCUAUGUUAAUAAAAAUAUUUUCUUAGAGUACCACAGUAUGAGUCAUUAUACCCAUAAAAGCUAUUUAAAAAAAACUUCAAAUAAGGGCUGUGUUUUGUGAAGGCUUACCAUGGCAUCAGUUUUUGAUAACUGCCGAAUCGAGGAUAAUCUAAGAAUUUCUGCAUCUGUUAACUAAAUUUAGUAAGGAAUAAAUUGGCAAAAUAUCCUUAAGUUGACAAUUCUGUGAACUGUCUUGGACAUGUUUGACAUUUACACAAUACCUGUUAGCAAAGGUAUCGUCUAAAGAUGACGUGCAGGAGCUUGCAAGGAUUUGUAGUCUUGAUGAUCUACUUUGAUGCUAAUUAUCAUUUUCAAAAGCUGAGAAUAAAUAGAACCGAAUAUAUUGAUAAGUCACCUUGUCCAAGAGAGAUUUACACGGUUAAUCAAAUUUCACGCCCGGAUAAGCCUACACAAAACACAGCCCUUAUUUUAAGUGUUUCUAAAAUCCCCUAUGGGAAUAAUAAAUGGUGGAAAAACGAUUGGAACCAUUUCCCUGUUUGACCACUAGGUUUUCUGGGUAUAUGACUCAUCCACUGUGGGACUCUAUGGCUAUUUCCUCCAAAUCCAUAUCGAAGCCAUUUCUUCACUGAAUGUUAACACUUCGUUCAAUGUGACACUAUCAUCGUAGGCGUAAACCUGUCUGUGAAGUGAUUGCACCAUGUUGUGAAAUAAAGCCUACAUUUAAGCAAG